AUGAAAAGUAUUAAGAUAUUAUUAAUUAUAUACUUAUCGUGUAUAUUAAUUGCUAAUGGAGUGAUUGCAUGCGACAUAGAAGAAGAAAAAUCAAAUAAAGAAAAACAUUCAAACAAUUUAGCAAAGUUAACCCUAGAAGUUAGUUUACAUUGUAAUACUCAUAUAAAAAGACAUGAGAAAAAUAAAAAGCAAAGAGAUUCUAAUGCAUUGUCAUUUGAGAAGAUAGAUUGUGAUAAAGAAUCUGUAUUAUCAGAUAAUGUAGAAAUAGUUUCAGUCACGGUACUGUCCGCAAAAGAUCGAAAAUAUUAUUCUAUGAGAGCUAUUUCUGCAGAAGAAAAAAACAAGAAAACGCAUCUAAUGACAAAAGAAGAAUUAAAAAAUUCAAUUGAUUCUAAUUUAGAUAAUAUAUCUAUGAAAGAAAAAAAGUUAAUUCACAUGCUAAAUGCGAUUUCUAAGUUAAGCCCUGGGCUACCCAAAGUAAACUAUUCUAAGGACAAAAAAAUUAUUACUGCAAUUAUUAAGAACAUGGAUGUAGUUGUAAUUAAAAGAGAAGAGCUUCUUUAUAGAGAUAGAGAUCAUUUAAAAAUCACUCUGCAGCAAGUACUAAAUGCUGCUGCCAAUGAAGAGAAAAAACAUCAGUAUGCAAUUAUGAAUCAUAUGAAAAUAGCAGUUACUAUUUCUUAUCCGAAAGAAAUCCAGCAUAAUCCAAUCAUAGUGCAUGCUCUUCUGGAGUAUUAUGGAAACUCGCUGGGUGGUAUAUUUUCUUUAGCACUUAAUAGGUUUCAAUUAUUAAUAAGACAGUUGUUUCAUUUAAGCAUAAAUUUAAAAAUGCAUUAA